CCCCCCCGGCCAUGGGGGCCCGCGCCGCCGGCCCGGGGGGGGACGGCUACAACGAGGCACUGCUGCACAAGACAAUCCUGGUUGGAGACAGUGGCGUGGGGAAGACAUCACUGCUGGUCCAGUUUGACCAGGGCAAGUUCAUUCCUGGCUCCUUCUCUGCCACCGUGGGCAUUGGGUUUACGGUGAUGUUGCUUGGAGACUCGGGCGUGGGGAAAACCUGCUUCCUGCUCCAGUUCAAAGACGGGGCCUUUCUCUCCGGGACGUUCAUUGCCACCGUGGGCAUAGAUUUCCGGAACAAAGUGGUGGCCGUGGACGGUGUGAAGGUGAAGUUGCAGAUCUGGGACACAGCAGGACAGGAGCGUUUCCGCAGCGUCACCCACGCCUACUACCGGGAUGCCCAAGCCCUGCUCCUGCUCUACGAUAUCACCAGCAGGAUGUCCUUCGACAACAUCCGCGCCUGGCUGACGGAGAUCCAUGAGUACGCGCAGAAGGACGUGGUGAUCAUGUUGCUGGGCAAUAAGGCUGAUGUGAGCAGCGAGAGAGCUGUGAGGACGGAGGAUGGAGCAUCACUGGCCAGGGAGUACGGAGUGCCUUUCAUGGAGACGAGUGCCAAGACAGGCAUGAACGUGGAGCUGGCCUUCCUGGCCAUUGCCAAGGAGCUGAAGCAGCGCGCGGUGCAGCCGCUGGAUGAGCCCCACUUCCAGAUCCACGAUUACAUCGAGGCACAGAAGAAGAAAUCCAGCUGCUGUGCCUUCUCCUGAGGGUGGCCCAGAGGAGCUGGCAGGCCUGGGGGCCCGGGUGUGGAGCAGAGUGGGGCCCUAUCCCGCUCUCAAGCACUGGAGGGAGCCAAGCUCUGACAAGCCAAGGUGGAUGGCACAGUGCAGUGGAGCAGAGUGCGUGAGGAGGGCCCUUGACCUGGUGCCAGGAUUCAGAUCCCGCUGCCCUGCAGAGCAAUGACCUCUGUGCCAUCGUGGGAAUCACUGUGGUGUGGUGACUGCCAGCCAGGCCAGCAAGCCAUGGUGACCCAUCGCUUCCACCACUCGAGCAGGGUGCAGGACACAGCCACACACCUCACUGAGGGAUCCUUGGAGCAGCUGGAGGAGCUGUGCCAUGGAUGAGCCUCCCUUGCAGCUCUUCCUGCUCACAGUGCUGCUGUUGUCCAACUGGAAGGGCCUGGUCCAGCCCCCUUGUCCCUGGUGCUGCCAGGCUCUGGCUUCCCUCCAAGGAUCCUCGGCUCUGUCUCCCCAGGCUGCCCCACACCCCAGUGCCCACGCUCGCCUGUGGCUCCUCAUUUCUGCAGCUGCUGCCAAUGCCUUUUAUCCUCCUGCCACCACAAAUGCAAUGAUGUCCCCAUUGUGUCCUGGCUCUGCUCGAGGGAAGGGCUGGGAUGGGGAAGGGUCCAGCCAAACCUGCUCCCUGCCCACACAGCUGGUGUGAGAAAUAAAAUUCCCCUGGGAGCAUCCGAGCAAUGCUUGGGGCACUUCUGGUACACACAGCAAUUUGGAAAAACUUUGCUUCCCCCAUGUUGUAGCCACAGAAAUUAGAGAAUUUAUUUUUUUUUAACAAGAAAAGGCUUUUUCACUUCAAUGCCUCCAGACUGAACCAUCUCCAGUCUCAUGCAGGAGAUGCCCAUGAUGGCAUCACCUGGGGCAAUGCUUCAGCCCUGCUGCCUCCCAGGCCAGGCUGGGUUUCUCUCCUGUCACUGUCCAUGUAAUACAACUACGCCUUCCUGCUGCUGGCAGAUAGCAGCUGGAACCCACUGUCAGGCCUCUUCCAGCCAGCAAACUGCUCUGCUGGGCGCUGGUGGGGCUCAGGGACAUCCCUGGUGCUCAGCCCAGCUCUGUUGCUCCCUCGAGCACACUGUCCACUCCUCUGAGCAGUCAGAUGGUGAAUAUUUGGUUGUGUAACUGAAGCACUGAUGCAGAGAGCAGCUGUGGAGGGUAUGGCACUGCACAUCGGAGUCAGGGACUGUCCAGCACAUCUGUCCCCAUCAGCAUCUUCUCUGCCUCUGCACCUGACUGCCCAUGUCUCACCUGCCCCGGUGCCUCCUUCACCUCUGCUCUGCCCCUGGGUCUCUCUUUGCAAGUUUACAGAUUAAAGCUGAGUAUUUUUUGAG